AUGCCUGGUUCGAGCACUCGUCGGAGUAAGCGUGAGGGGCGGGCGGCGCUGGGCCCGACCGGGCACGAGCUCGACCCCGACUGGGUCAGUGAGGAGGCGCGCCUGCGGGCCGAGACGGAGCGCGAGGAGCAACGCAUGCGCCGCGAGGUGCGGCUCCGCAAUGAGCACGAGCUACGCGAGGUGCGCUACAAGCGGCUGCUGCGUCUGCUUAACACCAGCCAGUUCUACGUCAACCACUUGGUCACCAAGAUCGACGAGCAACACGAGAAGCUGAACGCGACGCUGGCGAAGAGCGCUGCGCGCUCCAGGAAGCGUCCGGCGGCCGAGGGUGCGCCGGAGACCCCGCGCCUCUUGAGCGGCGGCACCCUGCGCGACUACCAGCUCGAGGGCUACAACUGGCUCAAGGUGAUGUUCGAGAACGGCGUCAAUUGCAUACUGGGCGACGAGAUGGGGCUAGGCAAGACGAUCCAGUGCAUCAGCCUGAUCGCGUACCUGGUGGAGCAGUCGGUGGUGGGGCCAUUCCUCGUGAGCGCGCCGCUCUCCACGCUGCCAAAUUGGCUGUCCGAGUUCCGCCGCUUCUGUCCGGCGCUUCCCGUUGUGCUGUACCACGGUCCGGACCGCGAGCGACUGCUCGCGGAGAUCGGCCGCUUCCACCGCGUGGACGGCUGCCGCGUGCCCGUGCACCCCGUGGUGCUGACCACGUACGAGAUGGUCAUCCGCGACUCGCGCAAGUUGAGCCGCUUCCAGUGGCGCUACCUCAUUAUCGACGAGGGCCAGCGCAUCAAGAAUCACGAGUGCCAGCUGGUGCGCGAGCUGCGCCGCUACUCGUCCGUCAACCGACUCCUGCUGACCGGCACGCCGCUGCAGAACAAUCUGGCGGAGCUGUGGUCGCUGCUCAACUUCCUGCUGCCCGAGAUCUUCGACGAUCUGGCCGUGUUCGAGUCCUGGUUCGACGUGGGCAGCAUGGCGACGGACGAGGACGACGCCAAGAUCGUGGAGCAGGAGCGCGAGAAGCAGGUGGUGUCGACGCUGCACAAGAUCCUAACGCCGUUCCUGCUGCGCCGCGUCAAGCGCGACGUCGAGCUGCGGAUACCGCCCAAGCGCGAGGUGCUCGUCUACUGCCCGAUGGUGGACGAUCAGGAGCGGCUGUAUCGGGCGGCGGUCGACCGCUCCAUCGCCAAGCUCAUCGGCGAGCGCAACGGCGACGACGAGGACGAGCCAGUCGAGCUGGACGGGCGCGGCCGGCCUCGUCGCUCGUGCAAGGGAGACAUCAGCUUCGAGUUCCUCUUCUCGGACGGCGCCGACGUGCUGGAGGACGAGUCGCGCUGGGAGGCCGGUCUGCAGCUGUUGGAGGAGUCGCGUGCCGGUGUCUCGCGUCCCAAGAAGCCCAAGCAUAUGCGCAUCCACUUGCCGAUGCGAGCGGCAAGCUGA